AUGGCCACUCUUCGUGGAGAGCGUCAGCCGGAGCUAAGCAAAAAAUUGUUCAAGAUGAUUAAGUCUGAAAACCACGUUAUCGAUUCCUACGAGUCCGCUGGACGUGAUCGUAUUUCUGUGGCUUCUCAGCUUUCCGAUUGGGGCGAAUCUACCAGUGAUGCGGCAGUCUCGGAUCUCUCAGACAAGCUCGGUGUUAUCCUGGCUGAGAUCGGGGAACAAGAAGAUGCCUACGCCCAGCAUUUGGAGGACUCUCGCAAUCUUUUGAAGCAUAUACGGAACACGGAAAGUUCUGUUCAGCCCGCCCGUGACCACCGGUCAAAGAUCGUGGACGAGAUCCAGAAGCUGAAACAGAAAGACCCGGGCGCUUCUAAGAUAACGACCCUGGAGCAAGAGCUUGUCAGAGCAGAGGCGCAAGCGUUGGUUGCUGAGGCCCAAUUGACGAACAUGACUCGCCAGAAAUUUAAAGAGUCAUAUGAUUUGCAACUGGCGGCCACAAUAGAAAGGGCAGAAAAGCAGCUGAUUUUGGCUCGUCAUGGACGGCGGAUCUUAAACUUGCUUGAUGACACUCCGCUCGUACCUGGAGAGGAUCGCAAGCCUUAUGAAGGCGCAGAGAGUGGUAAACAGAUUCUCGAAGAGGCAGAACAAGAACUUCGCUCCUGGGAGCCAGUUAUGGAGCCGGUCACCUCCUCUGCACAUGGUGUUGGAGAGGGUAUGCUCCCCACCCGUCCAAGGGAUGAUGGGACAGAUGGUGACGCAUACACGGAUGGAACAGACGAUAUUCGAUACCAGAAAGGCACUUGGAGUGGUGAUACCGGGGCGCCCGGACCACAAAUCGCAUCCUAA